GUUUUGCGCUUGCCGCUUAUCCACCACUAAGCGUACAACACAGCGGUACUAGCGUAGAUUUGGCUAUUUUGAGCUUGCACUUGAACGGUUUGAGCUCUAUCUUGGGUGCUGUCAACAUGUCGGUCACUGUAGCUGGUUUGCGUGCCCCAGGUAUGAAACUGUUGCACAUGCCAUUGUUCGUAUGGGCCAUUGCUUUGACUGCUGUAUUGGUCAUUUUGGCCGUACCAGUAUUGGCUGCCGCUUUGGUUAUGUUGCUGACUGACCGUAACAUCAACACUGCUUACUUCUGUGAGUCUGGUGAUUUGAUUUUGUAUCAGCACUUGUUCUGGUUCUUUGGUCACCCUGAGGUCUACAUUUUGAUCUUGCCAGCUUUCGGUAUUGUUAGCCAAGUUGUAAAACAAGAUGCGGCCCCUGCGUGUUGCGCUGGCGAUGCUGACGCUUCUGUCUGUGGUGCUGCCGCGCGUCCCGGCGCACGUGCUGCGCUCCAAGUUUGCGGGGGCGGCGCAGCUGCUAGGGGGAGUGCUGUCAACACACAAGGAGGAGGCGGCGGCCGCCAAGGCCGCGCUGGGCUGCCUGGCGGCGGUUCUGGCCUCUGCCGAUCCCUCCGGCGCUUCCUGGCUGGCAGCGGUUCCCGGCUUCAACGCCCUACUGGUGUUCGUCACGGACGCCCGGCCCAAGGUCCGCAAGCGGGCGGUGGGCGGGCUGGUGGAGGUGCUGGCAGGCCUGCAGCGCGCGCCGGGGGCACUGGCACCCGCGUCAGACCUCGUGCUCAAGGUCUGCCAGCGCGUGCUUCCCGGCCCCGCCGCCGCCGCGCACGCCGCCGCCGCCGCCACCAACAAGCAGCGUGCCGCCGCCGAGGCCGCCAUCACGGCUGCGGUGUCGGACGCACUGCACCUGCUGGGGGCGCUGAAGCAGGCGCUGCCGCUGCUGGCGCCGGCGGCCGCAAAGUCUGUGGCGGAGCUGAUGUUGAAGCUGUACGGGCUCAAGCAGCCGCUGUUGGACAGGCACGUUACGGAGGCGCUGGCGGCGCUGGCGGGCGCAGGCGGCGUGAGUGGCGUCAGUGGCGGCGGCGGCUCGGCGUGCCGGCUGGGUGCCUCGGACCUUGCGGAUUUGAUCACUGUGGUCCUGGAGACGGAGUCGCUGUGGGCCUCGGGUCCGGGCCGCGACCCCGGACUGCUCACGGCGCUGGGGAGACUGCUGGAGGCGGGCUUCGGCCGGCUUGCGGAGGCGGACCCCGCCGCCGCGGCCGCGCGCCUGCCUCGUGCGGUGCAUGCGCUGGUGCCGGGGCUGGCGGCGGAACAAGACGGAGUGCGCUUCGGUACCUCGCAGGCGCUGCGGUCGCUCAUCCUGGACUGCCUCACCCCCGACGUCGCCGCCGCCGCCCGCCGCCCGCGCGCCGCCGCCGCCGCCGCCGCCGCCGCCGGCCCCUCGCCGCUGUCCUCUCUGGUGGCGGCCGUGGCUGGCAGCCUGAGCUCUCGGUACCAGGACGCCUGGGGCAUGGCGCUGCCGGUGGUCGGAGCGCUGAUUGAGCGACUGGGAGCCCUGGGCUGCGCCGACGCCGCCGCGCCCCUACUCGUGCCGCUCGGAGCCAUUGUGUCGGGGGCCGUGGACGCAGCUGACGACGCCGACGCAGCCGCCGCCGCCGCCGGCGACGCGACCGCGGCGGCCGGCGGCGCCGCCGCCACCGCGGCGGCGGCGGCGGCUUCGGCGGCGCACAGCGGCGCGGCGGAGGCGACGUUGGGUGUGGCGGUAAAGUGCCUGGGUCCGGAGAUUGUACUCAAGGUCCUGCCGCUCCAGAUUGCGGAGGCGCUCACGGGAGACGCCGAGCCGCGCACGUGGUUGCUGCCGCUGAUGCGGAGGCACGUGCGGCACGCGCGCCUGGGGUUCUGGUUCAAGGAGCUGAUGCCGCUGGCGCAGCAGUUGGGCGCGAGGGCGGCGGCGCUGUCGGCGGCGGGCGGCGCGGCGGCGGGCGGGCUGGCGCUCAAGUGUCGCACCCUCGAGCUGCAGAUCUGGCACUGCCUCCCCGCCUUCAUGUCGUGGGCCGUGGACCUACCCUCCGCAUACGCCGGCGGCGUCAACUCCCUCGCCGCCGCCUUCGCCAACCGCCCCGACCUGCAACCCGCAAUCUGCGCGGCCCUGGCGCGUGCCUGCAUGCAGGUGCGGCACGUGCUCGCAGCCGCCGGCCGCGGCCCCGAGCUCGUCGGGCACGCGGACCCCGCCGCCCACGGCCCCGCCAGCGGCGCUGGCGGCGGCGGCGGCGCCGGCAGCGGUGUUAACGACGACGACGAUGACGACGGCGACCUUCCCGCGACGCCGGAGGACGCGGCGGCGGCGGCGGCGCACGGCGGCGCGCCGCCGGAGGGCUACGGCCCGGCCGAGGCGGAGUCGGCGCUGGCGGCGCUUCGCGCCUUCAAUGCCAAAUGGCUGAGUGUGUUGUGCGCGGCCUAUCUGGCGGCGGCGCCGGAGGCGCGCGCGCCCUUCGCGGCGGCGAUCGCGGCGGCGGCGGCGGUGACGCCUGAGGCGGCGGUGGCGGGGUACUUUCGGGCGGCGCUGCAGAAGCUGACCAAGCUGAUUGUGGACGAGGCGGCAGAAGUGCCGCCCCCCGACGCCGUCACCGAGGGCGGCGGCGACCCCGGCGCCCGCCGCUCCGCUUUCCUGGAGCUGGCGCUGUGGCUGAGCUACGGCCUGGGUGACAAUGCGAUCGACGCGCUGUUCAAGGCGGUCAAGUCGGCUCUGGUCCAUGCCGAGCCGGGCGUGCAGAAGCGCGGGUUCAAGGUGUUGGCGGUGCUGUGCGAGGCUCGUGGGACCUGGCUGGCGAAGAACCUCAAGGAGGUGCUCAAGCAGUUGCUGGGCCCCUCCGCCGUCUCCACCCUCUCCGCCGCGCGCCGCCACCGGCUGCGUGUGAUCCGGCCCGUGGUGGUGGCGCUGCAGCGGUGCGGACCCGAGUCGGAGGCGCUCACCGGAGACGUGCUCGGAGAGGACCAGGCGAUGGAGGGCGCUGGCGAGGACGAGGGCGCGGCUGGCGGCUCGGCGGGAUCGCGGCGGCGGCAGCUGGUGGCGUCACUGGUGGCGGACAUUGUGCUUUGCACCAAGGAGGCCAACAUGAAGACGCGCGCCGCUGCCUAUGACCUCUUGGUCGGCCUGGCUCAUCUGAUGGACCAAGCAGACCCCGGGCCUGGUCUGGCAAGGCUAGGCCGGCGGCGGCGGCCACGGGCACCCGGCGGCGGCGGCAAAGGCGGCGGCAUGGGCGGCUCGUCGGAUGAGGAGGGCGACGACGAGGAGGAGGGCGAGGAGGAUGAGGAGGAGGAGGGCGGAAGCGAUGGUAUGGAGGAGGAGGGCGGCGGCGCCGGCACCAGCGGCAAGGGCGGCCUGUACGAGUUCUUCUCCAUGGUGAUGGCGGGCCUGGUGGCCACCACGCCGCACAUGAUGUCGGCGACAGUCAUGGCGCUGGCCCGACUCACGUUCGAGUUCGCGUCGGCCAUGCAGAACGUGGUGGCAGCGCUGCUGCCGCCGGUGCUGUCGCUGCUCCGCGGCAAAGCGCGCGAGAUCAUCAAGGCUGUACUGGGCUUUGUAAAGGUGUGCGCGAUGCGGCUGCCUGUGGAGCUGCUCACACCCCACCUUGGCCCCAUCCUGGAGGGGAUGCUCAUUUGGGCCGAGGACUCCAAGAACAAGUUCAAGCUCAAGGUUCGCGUUAUCGUGGAGCGCCUGGCUAGGCGCUGCGGCUUCGACGCGGUUGCGGCGGUGAUGCCGGCGGGUGACGCCAAACUGCUGGCGCACAUCCGCAAGGAGGCGGCCAAGAAGCAGCGGCGGAAGGGCGCGGGUGGCUCACAGGGCGGCAGCGAGGCCGGCGACGAGGACGGCCGCUCGCGCCGCAGCGCGGGCCGGAGUACCAUGGCCCGCACCGCGCGCGCCAGCCAAUGGGGCGAGGCUGCGGUGUUUGACUCGGAGGAUGGCGGCAGCGAGGGAGCCGGCGGCGGCGGCGGCCGCGGAGGGCCCAAGAGCGUCAAGAGCGCCGGCGGCCCGAGGUCCCUCGCCGGCCGCUCGCAGCAGCAGCAGCAGCAGCAGCAGCAGCAGGGCCGCGGCGGCCGCGGCGCCGGCGGCGUGCGGCUGGCGGCUGGCGGCGGAGAGCCCAUGGACCUGCUGGACGCGGCGGCGUCGCGACAGCUGGUGCGGAGCGCGGCAGGCGUGCGGCCGGCGGGCUCGGGCGGCGGUGCUGGGGAGCCCAGCUUCACACGCGACCCCACCACAGGCAAGAUGGUCAUUGCAGAGGAGGACGGCGGCGACGGCGAGGGCGGCGCGGGCCGCAAGCGGCGACGCGGCCGCGACGCGUCCGGCUACGACAGCGACGACAGCGACUUUGACGACCUGAAGGGUGUCGCUGACCUCAAGUACGCGAUGAAGAAGGCGGGCGAGAGCAAGUCGGUGCGGUUCGCCGAGGCCAAGUCGCAGGGCGGUCGCAGCAUGGGCGGCCGCAGUGCGGGAGGCCGCAGCGAGGGUGGGAGGAGCGCCGGCGGGAGGAGUGCGGGAGGCCGGAGCGAGGGCGGGAGGAGCACUGCCAGCCGCGGAGGCAAGUCGGCGCACAGCGGCGAUCGCUUCAAGGCCAAGGGCGCCACCGGUGACGUCAAGGGCAAGUCCAAGGUGGACCCCUACGCCUACUGGACGUUGGACCGCCGGAUGCUCAACCGCCGUCGCGGCAAGCAGGCUGCCGCCAGCGCCAAGCUCGAGUCGAUUGUGGGCGGCGCACAGGCGGGCGCCCUCAAGGGCGCCAAGGCCAAGCGCUCGCGGGAUGGCCAGGGUGCGGCCAAGCGCCAGCGCACCGCGCCCGCGUCCGUGGAGUAAGGAGAGAAAGUAUGCCGUGAAGUUUUAUUUGCAUGUGUGAUUAACCGUUUGUCUGUGCGGAGGAAAGCAGUUUGGUUUUCUGCAAGUUAGGUGGGGAAAGCACGGUGGGUGGGACGCGCGGUGGCGGUGGGAAAGAAGGUCGUCGUUCGGGUUUCGGCGUGCCAUUUUCAGCGGUUUGGAAAAGACGUGGUGUAGAAGGUCACUGAAACUGUUGAAACUGUUUGAUGUUUGCAAGUUGUACUGCGCCGCGCUUGCAAAACAAGUGAGCACCGCGAGCCCCGGCAUCGCCGCUGGAGGGCUUCAAGCGUUGGGUGCGAAGACGAACUCUCUCAAGUCUGUAAUACGGUCACAAG